AUGGACUCCGUGCGCAUUGGGCCCUAUAGACAGAUCUUCUGCCCCGACAACUUUGUCUUCGGCCAGUCCGGCGCCGGAAACAAGUGGGCCAAGGGCCACUACACCGAGAUGAGCUCCAUCCUCAACGUCGUCCACAAGGAGGCCGAGAACUGCGACUGCCUCCAAGGCUUCCAGGUGUGCCACUCCAUCGGCGGGGGCACCGGUUCGGGCAUGGGCACGCAACUGAGUUCCAGGAUCAGGGAGGAGUACCCGGACCAGAUGAUGCUCACCUUCUCUGUUUUCCCAUCUCGCAAGGCUCUGACACAGUGGUCGAGCCCUACAAUGCCACCCUCCCGGUUCACUAGCUGGUUGAGAACUCUGAUGAGUGCAUGGUGCUGGACAACGAGGCGCUCUAUGGAAUCUGCUUCCGCACCCUCAAGCUGA